CGUCCAGCGGCUGGGACUGCUCUCUUACCUUUCAAAAUGCUUUCCCGGGACUCUUCUUCGAUAUUUGGAUAUCGUUUGGAGGAGCUUAAUCGCGGACUUUGGAUAUAAUUCCUUUUUUGGGGGGGAACUUUGGUAGUUCUGUAGCUAAUGAAGAAUAGCGAAGCGUAGCGAAGAUUAGCUCACUAAGCUAACAACGUUAUUCAAUGAGAGGAGGAGAGUGUGUUACCCUGCAGGUUUAUUUGAAGACAGAAAGUACCUUCAGGUGUUUGUACUAGCGCUCUGGAACCUGCUCCCAUAGUUUUUUUGGACUUUUAUAUGGUUUUGUAAUAGCUGCUAUAUGGAGUACUGCAACAUGGGUAACAAUAAGGAUAAUUUGGUUUGGGGGUUGAGAUCAGGGCAGUUAUCAGAUAUUAUGGGAGAUUGUUGUCAUUGAAUUGAGCUUUUUUCCCCCUCACCAAAUGAUUACUAUGAGGAUGCAAGGCAAAUUCGCAGAGGAGGUGUGUUAAGCUGUAGUCAUCGUUUUAAUUGCAAAGCAUGUCCGACUUGGAAAGUUCCAGUUCAUAUUUUGGUUUGGAGGAUCCGCAGUGGCUAUGCAUGGUCACGCUUUUCAUCGCAUCGCUGGUUACUCUCAUACUGUAUUUCCUACAGUAUUUCCAACAUGGCUCUUUAGGAAUAAAACAGAAAGCGGUAGAGGACAAUGCGGCGAAGGAGCAGGAGGAAGCCACGGCUCUGCUGGGAUGGGCGCUGUCACUGAAAAGCUGGGAGAGUCAGUGGAAAGGAGCAUGGUGCAGGGCUUUAAAUGACCAAUCGAGGAAGCGUGGGAGUCCUGUCCUGUUGACAUUUGAAGAGGAUGGCGUUGAGGCAUCCGAACUCACAGUCAGCCAAGUGUCCCACUUUCAGAAGUCUGCUCAGCACAAGGCCGCCUGCUGCAGCGUGGUCGGGGAGAAGCUUCAGUUCUGUCUCAGCGCAGCAUCGUCAGCCGUGGCUUCAGCAGAUCCUUGUAAAUACACUGUGUGUAUGGCUCCACUGGAGCUGCAGCUUGAUCUCCGGAUGCAAGAAGCUAAAGAUGAGGUCAAAGUGAACUGGGGAGUGUCUCACCUGGAGGCAGAGGUGCUGCAGGUGACACCCUGUUUCACCCAGGACAAUGCCAACUGUUUGAGUAUAGCAGCAGUAAAGGAGCAGUUGAGGCAGCUGUUAUGUGCUACGCGUCCCUCUGUGUUGCUGAGCUGCAGGCCUGCUCAGGCCUCAGAGGUCAAGGAAGCCCACAACAAAGUGGUCUCCCCCCCUAAACCUCCCCGCGCCCACGACUGGAAGCUGCUGGUGAAAAACAUUCGUGUGACACUCAAUCAAGAGGAAGAUGCUGCAGGCAGCAUGAGUCCUCUGUGUGUCCUGCAGUUAGAUGACCCUCCACAGAAGUUUAACACCUCCACUCUGAAGAACACAACUAAUCCUGCCUGGGACCAGCCGUUUAUCUUUGAAUUGAAUGGACGAUCAAAAGAGCUCAAUAUUCAGCUGCUGAAUGAAGGUGAACCUCAAGAGAAUUCCUUACUAGGUCAGGUGUCAGUGCCUUUUGAUCUUGUAAAGAAGCAACCCAAAGGACAGCAAACAUUUGCACUCAUGACCAAAGACACAGUGACCGGAUCACUUACUACUGACUUUACCUACCUGGAUCCCAGUGAGGUGAGGUCCUGGCAUCCUCCCACCCCAGCCUCCACUAAGAGGGUGGAGAUGGACCGUACAGUCAUGCCCUGCGGCACAGUGGUCACCACCAUCACUGCUGUGAAGAGUAAGCCGGGUCGACCGCUCCCUCUUCUAAACCUAGACUCUACCCAGAAAGUCGUGGUCAACAAGCCCAAGCUGUCGGAGCGUCGGGUUUCAGAGCAGGCAUCUAUGAUGGGAGCAACAGUCAGCAAGGCCUUGUCCUCCUCUGACACAGAGCUGCUGAUGCUCAACGGCACCGACCCGGUGGCCGAGGCCGCCAUCAGACAACUCCACCAGUCUGCCAAGCAGAAGCUGAAAUCCCCAGUGAAGAAGAGCACCAUCAUCAUCUCUGGCAUCGCUAAAACGCCCUUGUCUCAGGAUGAUGAGCUCGCUCUGAUGGCGGGCUACGCUGCAGCAAUGGAUGCCUCGAUGUCAGAGGGCAGCUCUACUCAGGAUGUGACCACAGCGAUUGCAACAGGCGCCAGCAGCCCCCCGGACACAUCGGAGCCCCAGGAAGGCCCGAGCGGAAUAGGCCGACCCCCAGAGGACUGGGAGAGCCAAACAGGAGAGGAAUUAGACCAUACCUCGCUGUCCAUGUGUAUGUCUGAGGCCAGCUGCAAAAAGAACAGAGGCAGCUUCCUUCAGAAGAGCGCCAAGCUCUUCUUCCGGCGGCGUCACCAGCGCAAGGACCCGGGGAUGAGCCAGUCCCACAAUGAUCUGGUUUACCUGGAGUCUCCUGCCGCAGUGGAGCGGGCCAGCCGAACAGCCACGCUUAGCCGUAUGCUCAACCGCAAGAGUAGGAAUAAGAGCAAAGCUAAUGGCUCUACCUCCACUGGGGAGCCAAACGCGUGACCCCACCCCUCCCCCUCACUACCACCCCUCACUCCUCUCACCCCAAUCCUUCCCACAACUACUACCAACACCACCAUCUCCACCUCAAACUUGCACUGGCAAACUUCCCUUAGCUAUCCUACUCCCCCUAAUGCCUGACUUGCAAACUGGGGCUUGUGUAUUGUGAAUGGGGAAAGCUGUGCAGAUGGAAAAAAAAUAUCUGCUUUUAUUGCCGUGUCCUGCUUCAUUGCUUCUUAUAAGAAGCAGACAUUCCACCCAAAGCAAGUGUGUGCAUGUGCGGAUGAAGGUAUCCUGUCUCGGAUUCAUGGCAUUUUAGAUGAUAUUGUUGUUGCAUGUUUCUUUUUAUUUAAUUUUAUGCAACAUUUUGAAAUCUCUAAAAGUUCUUUAGUGGCCUUGUUACCAACUUGAGGGGACUGAUGUGGGCUAUCACUCUUUACCUCUGAGGGUAAAGACUUAAAAACCAUCCCUGCUGUGAACCGUAGGUUUUCCUACAAUGGACCAACAGGACCAAAGAUGAAGAGCAGAGUGGUAUUUGUAUGAUUUGCACAAUUUCAGUACCUUUCUUUACCGUGCAAUGACAGGAGCUACUCUUGUGAUAGAGACUCUUCUGUAGUUCUGAUUCAUGUUUUUUAAAAAGCAUUCACAAAGGGAGACGAUCUGUUCACUGCAUGACAGCUGCAAGUGAGAGAAAGUAAUACGACUACUUUUUGACACUAAUACUAUGAAAUAUGGUAUUUCUAUCAAGCAUCCAAUAUUUUUUUUUUUUUACACUUCAUUUAAAUUCCUUGUAAUUUUAAUCCUAAUGAAUCAAGAUGAGUACAGCAGCUAUAUGUGAUUAGCAUAUAAAACAUGUUACCAAGAAAAAAUGGCAGCCUUAUGUAUAGCAAAUAUAUCAAAACCAUUCAUUUCAAAUUAGUUGUGAUGGUUAUCAUGCAACACCAGCCAUUAAAAUAAGUUAACACCCUUCCAAAAAAAUAAGCAGUGACACUGUGGCUAACAUAUAGCUAAACUUUAGCUAUACAUGAGUUAUGUUUACUCCUUUCUGCAGUGUUUUCAAACGAUAUGCAACUUUUCUUCUUAGUCUUCCUAAAAGAUUCCUCCUGUACACUACUGUUAGCAGCAGGGUUGUCAAUGUGUCAAAAGGGAACUGUUAUCCAGGGACUGUGACAUUACACUCGACUACGCUUGUUUCACUAAUGAAACUCGUUCGACUCCUCAAUCCUGCAUUUGAUCUGAAUGAAAUCUUUCAUUAAUGUUUUAUUGUGUUUUUAAAAACAAAUAUGUAGCUUUGAACACCUGAACCAGAAAACAAAGUGUGAACACCUUCGAGAGCAGCCAAAUAUUCUGUCUGCUCUCUCUCUCUUUUUGUUGUUGUAAUUUUUUUUUAAUCCAGCUAAUGAUUGUAUUUUUUUGUAAGCAGCUUGUUGAAGACAUGUUCGUACAUCGUGUUAACUACUGUUUCUUCAAUGAGAUAAAGAAUUGUGCAGUAAAGAGAUAGGCAACGUGAUGCAGAAACAACACAUCGCCUUACAGUUACUCAGAGGACGUCGUCACACGUGUGGUCCAGACUCAUUCUUUGACUCGACCGGCGGAGGACUGAAAGACUGUUGGAAUGACUGUGAGAGACAAGUGUGUUCCUGCACCGUCAGCAGUGUCUAUAAUCAAGAAGCCCAUGCACAUAACAUAUCUGAUAACUGAGUGUGUACAUUAUCAGACUACCUGAGAAUUAAAAAAAACACUCACUCACUGCAGAUACAGUGUGUAGUUAUCUUUGUGUCUAUUUACAUGACAGCUGUGACCCCCCCCCCCCCCCCACUCUUCAUCACCCACCCUCCUCCAUCAUCAACAUUAAUGGCAAGCUGUUUUUUGUUUUUAUUUGUUUGUUUUUUAAAUAUUAACAAACCCAGAAUCAUACCAAAAGAAACUCUAAGCAUUGAGACAGAAUCAUUUUUUCUAACUUAGAGGAACAGAGGGGGAAACAGGUUGUUUUAAUCAUGCUCAGCUUUAGAGCCCCGGCUUAUGGCAGCCUGCAAGCAUUGGCUGCUGUUAUGCGUUCAGUAAGCAGUAGAACUGUAUGUGAUUAAUAAACUGCUUCCUGAUGUUUUUCAUCUUUUUUUUUUUUCUCAAAUGGCAUCUGCUCUGUGCACAGAAACUGACUGACUGCUGAUGUAGAGUGUCAGUCAUUUCCCUGCAGGGAUUGUAACUAAUGAACAUAUCGAGUUCUUUCAUUUUCUGCAAUAAAUAUUGAUUGGAU